UGUGAUAUUUCAUCUUAAUCUGCUUCUCAAACUGCGCACGAAGCUUCAAAUUUUGAAAAGGCCUGCGCAUUCGCUCUCUUCUUCUGUGAUUUUUUUUUUGCAUUAAUUUCAAUAAAACAGCUUCAAUCGAAUCACCAUGAAAGGAAUGAAACGAUUUGGUCAGUCGGACUCGAAUCUCGACUCAAACGACUUGGCUUUCCGGAGUAAGAGAAUAAUGGAAGCAUCCCCUUUUGAUAAUCGCAGGGCAGAACCAUCUCGGCAGCAUCCAAUGGCAGAACGCAAGUUGGAUGCUCACCGAGCAGCAUCAGCUCAUCAGCAUGUGAAAGCACUCAAUACCCAGUUUGCCAGUUGGGUGCAAGCUCAGAUGCAAAAUCACCCAAAUGAGCUUUGGGGAGAUGGUGUUCAAGAUUACUUGACUCAUGCUUCACAAAUUAUGGAGAAGUUCCACGAUGUUGUUGAUUGGCUUAAAGCAAAUUCUGCCAAAGCAGAAAGUGUGUCCGUAGGUUCACAAAGCUCUGAGAAAAAAGCAGUGCGUGAAGCUAAGAGUGAUGGAAUUAAACCACUACAUGAGAAAAGUGUAUUUGGUUUAGCAGGUUCACAAAACUCUGAGAAAAAAGCAGUGCCUGAAGCUAAGAGUGAUGAAAUUAAACCACUACAUGAGAAAAGUGUAUUUGGUUUGGCAGGUUCAACUUCAAGCUUUACAAGUUCAUGGAACUCUGCUGGCCUAUCCAACAAUCAGUCUCCAUUCUUGUUUGGGUAUCAAAAUUCAGUUCCGUCAAGCCAUGAAGCUACAGAUGAUGCAGAUGGGGAAAAUGAUACAGAGCAGCCAAGCAGCCCAUCUGUGAAGAAGGCUGAGGAGAAGGGUAUUGUUGUGGUACAUGAAGUCAAAUGCAAACUAUAUGUAAAGUCAACUGAUCCUUUAGAUAAAGAUGCUUGGAAAGAUAAAGGCAUGGGUCAACUAACCAUUAAAUGCAAAGAGGGUGCAAGCAAAGCUACGAAAGAAUCCAAACCGACUAUUGUUGUUCGGAAUGAUGUUGGCAGGGUGUUACUCAAUGCUUUAUUGUAUCCAGGCAUCAAAACAAACUUGCAGAAGAACUCUAUUGUUGCAAUAUUCCACACUUCGGAUGAGAAUGGUGAAAACAAUGGUGGUCAUGAUGAUGUUAAAGCACGUACCUACUUAAUGAGGACGAAAACAGAGGAGGAGAGGAAUAAGCUGGCAGCAGCAAUUCAAGAAUAUGCUCCAGCGUCUUGAAAUUAAUAAAGUGAUAUCAUAGCACUUGUCAACUUUAAGAGGCAAUUUCUUCCUUGGUGAAUCUCUUUUUUUUUAAUGCCAAUUUUGCAAAGGGGUAGCUUGUUUGAAACUGAGCAUCUAUCCUAGAGCUCAAACAAGUGGGGUAUGAUCUUCGCAAGUGAAUCAUGGUAUGUAUACGAGGCUUCUGUACUUGUAAUAUAAUAGAGGGAAUGAAAGUAGUUGAGAAUGUACAAUUACAAAACCAAUUUUACAAUGGGCCAUUAUUAUGCUGUGAUUCUUGGGAAGUAUAUAGAUUGAAUCUUACUUUAAUAAAAAAAAAAAAAAAUCAUAUUUGUUUUAACAAA